CCUUACCUGCUGUCACUCCUGCUUCCCCUUCACAGACCAGAUGUUCGCUGCCAUCCAGCCAGGGUUAGCAGAGGGGGCCCAGUUCCUGGGGAGCCUGCCUCCUGGAGUAUGUCAACCCGAGCUCCAGCCAGACAAUAAUUCCAACUUUGUGGACAGUGCUAAGGAUGCCAACAAGAACUGGCAUGGUGUGCCAGGCAAAGUGGAACCCAUCCUGAGGAGUUCUGAGUCACCCUCUGACAACCAGCUCUUCCCAGCCUCGGGGCUCCUCGAGGCGGGAGUCCGCAGUCCCCCUGAGGGUGCAGAGAUCUCUGGUGCUGAGCCUGACAAGUUGAGUGGUGCCAGCAGCGUCUGCUCUCCUCUGGAGGACAUUGGCUAUGCCAGCAGUUCCUUGAGCAUCGACAGCCUUAGCAGCAGUCCGGAGCCUGUCUGUGGGACUCCUCGAGGCCCGAGCCCCCUGGAUCCCCUUCUGCCCUCCGUGGCCCAGGCUGUGCAGCAGCUACAGGCUCAGGAGCGCUACAAAGAGCAGGAGAAGGAGAAGCACCAUGCACACUUAGUGAUGUACCGCCGCUUGGCACUACUUCAGUGGAUCCGGGCUCUCCAGCACCAAUUGGUUGACCAGCAGGCCCGACUGCAAGACAGCUUUGACACCAUCCUAGACAACCGAAAGGAACUUAUCCGAUGUCUCCAACAGAGGGAAGCACCUUGCAGGCACCAGGACCAUUGCUAAGAGUGUGCACAAGUGUGUGUAUUUGCAGGCCUGUGUGUGGUUGUGCACAAGUAAGUAUGUAUUAGUUGACAUGAGCACAAGUUAACA